UUGUUCCAAAAUCGGAACUUUUCGGAUCGAAACCGGCGGAAAUUAGAAAUUCCGUUCCAACUUGCACCUCUAGGUGCAAAAGACAAUUCACCCCAAAAAAAAAAUCCAUUGUUCCUAGUACUAUUAAAUUUGUAUGCAUGUUAAAUGUCUAUUAAAAAUUAGUUAUUAUCAUAUAUUAAACUAAUAAUUAUUUUUACCUUUGAAAUGUUGCUAAUAUAAUUAAAUAUGUAACUAUUUUUCCUUUUAAGAAAAGAAAUUACUACAAUGGAAGUGUGUAAAAUUGUUUGGUACUCAUGCCGAAUAGCUUGGCAAAAUUGUUUGGAAAGAGUUUGAUUUGUGACGAUCAAAUUUCAGAAGGGCAGUCAGUCAGUCAGCCGCCGCCUCCGUCGUCGGUCCGCCGCACCGUUGAAGCCAGCUCGCUGAUGGAUCCCAAUUCGAACAGCGUUCUCACCGAAGAUGCAGCAGACUCAAAGAGGGGGCAUGUAUUUCAUAUGCAGAUGGUUGGGGGUGAAUGCAAUCACGCGUGUGUGAGUCGUCGUAUUCGCCAUUAUUAUUCAAGGAGACGUAAAACGAAUAUGGAGUCUCUUCCAGACGAAUUGGUGUUCCAGAUUCUUCUUGAUAUCGCAGCUCAAGAUAUUUACAAAGGGGCAAGAUUUGUUUGCAAGAAGUGGUACGACAUUAUCCAUAGCCGUAACUUCAUAUACAGACACCUUCACUGUGCAACUCCCGGACUUCUCUUCCAGAGCUAUAAACCGCUAAGGCGUCUAGUUUUCGUGGCAAUGCACAACGGCCGGAUAAAAAUAUCCAAGUUCAGCUACAAGUUCAGAAGAAGAGCUCUGAGUAGCUGUAACGGUCUAAUAGUAGAGUCUGAUUUGGAUGACAUUUACGCUCUCUAUAUUGUAAAUCCCGCAACAAAGCAACGCCUUGCUCUCCCUCCGGUUUCUCUUCCAACGAUAACCCAUAAAUAUUAUGCUAUAGCAUAUGCUGCAGCUUCAAUGCAUUAUAAAGUGGUUCUCGUACACCCUUGCAGGUAUAAGACUUCAACCAUAUGGAGUUGCGCUAUCUUAACUGUCGGGGUUGACGAAUCUUGGAGGCUUGUUAAUAUCGAUUACUUAUCCGUUAAAUCUACUAUAGCUUUCACUUGUGCUCCAUUGACUACUGAAGGUUUUAUUCAUUGGGUCAACAGUAAAUGCACUCAUGUCGUGACUUUUAAUGUCGAAACUGAAACUAUUAAAGAGACUCCCGUACCUGAUGGUUAUGGAGACGGAGUGAAGCAUUAUUUGUCAACUGGGAGCUCUCUAACUUUGUUCAUUCCAUGCGGUGAAUAUUCGUGGGAGGUUUUGAAGAUGAAACCGGAAACUGGAGAGUGGACUAAGUUGUUCGAGAUUGACUUGGAAUCUCAAAAGGGCAAAUUUGAACAUUUGGUCAGUGAAUGCCGUCCUCGCCCCGGAAAUAGUUCUUUCAUCCUCGAACUAGUUGGUUGGUUAAAUUAUGAAGAGGUGUUGGUCUUGCGUGGAUCGUCGGUUCGCGUUUACAUUCUCUACAAUGUCGGUGUGCAAGAAAUUGACUUCUUUGAGUUGGAUUAUAGUUUUUGUUAUAGCAGCUUUAAUGUUCAUAGAAACAGUUUGGUAUAUGGUUAGAUGGAUCCUAGCAAUAAAUUAGAUACUAGUAAAUCCUGCUUACAGCCUUGAUUAUCACAGAUCAAGAGCAGCCUCCUAAUUAUAUGUCUAUAUAUAGACUACUAUCAAA